GAUGUCGAUGAUAAAAAAGAAGAAAAGGCUUACGACGCGUUCGUUUCUUACUGCUCCGUUGAAGAAAACUGGGUGCUCGACGUCUUGCUGCCGAAACUGGAAACACCACAAAAUGGCGAACCAUCUUUCAAAUUGUGUCUGCAUCAAAGAGAUUUUAUUGGCGGAAAGAACAUUCAAGAUAAUAUUAUUGACAGUAUUGACAACAGUAGACACACAAUCUUAAUCCUGUCGAGAAGCUUCUUGAAAAGUAUGUGGGGGCUUCAAGAAUUUCGUUAUGCCUAUCAAGAGAGCAUCACUAAGAAACGCCGCCAUUUAAUCAUCGUGUUCUAUGAAAAGAUACCGGAAGAGGAAAUGGAUACUGUCUUAAAAUGCUGUAUCAAGACGUUCACCUAUCUUGAUGUGAAGGAUACCAUGCUUAUGGAUAGACUACGAUUCGCGCUA